AAUCGCAGCUCUCCGUUCUUCUUUCUACACUUUCCUGGCACCGCCCCCUUCCUUCUCCCACAGUUCCUGGCGUGACCCACGUUUCGUGUCUGUUUAGACUUAAAACGCUGGUAAACUCAGCCUGAACUUAAAGACUGAAAAACAAGGCUCCUGAAGAAUGCGUUACGUGGCCGCUUACCUCCUGGCUGUGCUCGGUGGAAACACCAGCCCCUCCGCAAAGGACAUCAAGGCCAUCUUGGGCAGCGUGGGAAUCGAAGCCGAUGAUCAACGCUUGAACAAGGUCAUUACUGAGCUCAAUGGAAAAGAUCUCAAUGAAGUCAUGAACUCAGGCCUCUCAAAGUUAGCCUCUGUACCAGCAGGUGGUGCUACGGCGGCUCCGGCUGCUGCUGCCACUGCCGCUGCCGCUGCCACCGGGGCCCCCGGAGCUGGGGCUGCGCCUGCUGUUGUGGAAGAGAAAAAGGAAGAGAAGAAAGAGGAAUCUGAAGAGUCAGAUGAAGACAUGGGCUUUGGACUCUUUGAUUAAACUGCCUUCUCCGCGUUUAAAAAGCAAUAAAAAUGUAAAAGGUUUACACAAA